CUGGAGAAUAUGGUCAUGCUUUCUCUAUCUGGGAGCCUUCAGAUGCGGUUCUUGGAAGCGGUCUUACUCCUGAGAGCCUUGGAUGAUGUGCGAGGGGUUCCUACAGUGCAUGGCCUGGACUCAAAGGAAUGUCCAAGUGCUGACAGGACCCAUCUUCUCAAGCGGAAAUUCCUUGACUCCUUCGCAUUGAUUUGCGCGACUCACAAAGGUGGCGAUAGCGUCUCCGCAGCAUGCAUGGAAGAAAGCCUGUCCGAAGGUACAACUAUCAGAAUCGCUUGUAAUAAUGGAGUUCGAGAUGCUGUUCUAUCUAAUGGUCGAGAUAUCGUCGAAAUCCUCGCCAAAUUGGCACGUGGGGAAGAAACGGACGAAACCUCCGUCCUCCUCAAGAUUAUUUCAAUAGACAUGCCACGGAUCCGUCAAUAUGUCAGAGAUUUGCAAGAAUGUCGCAAAUCCGCAGUGUUCUCACAUUCGGAGCUCGAAAGCCGCAUUUCAAAAAAUUUGGCUGGUGUGCCACAGUACGAUCUGGGGCCAUUCUUCGAAUGGCUGGAAGGUAUUCCGUCAAUGGAUGGAGUGGAUUUUGAGAAUGGACAGUCGUUAAUGCAGCUCCUUCGGCACGCACAAAAAGCAAAACACGACCAUGCAGAGUUUCUUAAUGCUGCCUUUCGUACAGAUACCGGUCAACUAGAGAAAUGGUUAUUGAUCAUACUCAAAUUGGGCCGCUAUGGAAUCGCAUCCCGAGCAUUUGCACAACUUGCCAAGGAACUACCCGCACUACUCAAUAAAAUCACUGUCGAUUCGGUGCCCCACCCCGAAAGAGUGCCUAUACAAAGCAAGGGGGUUAACCUUAGUCUCGUCCUCCGGAGACUUGAUGGCUCGAAAGAAGAAGAAUAUUUACGCCAUCUUUCACUCAUCUGGAGAGGAAAGGGAGAUCCCCACGAGUAUUUCCUACGAGUGCCCAACUCGAUUUGCUGUUCAUGCUGAGUUACAACUCGUAAGGUUCUACGACGAGAACCCUCAGCGUAUACCUCCUUUUCGGUUUAUAGGAGUCAGCAAGAAAUCUUGCUAUCUCUGUGACAGAUUUCUUGCUAAUCACCCACUUUCUUUCUCAACUUCCGCUUGUCAUCAAAAGCUCUAUUCCUCAUGGGCUCCUCCUUCUACAGGACACAAAAUAAUCUUCAACUCAUACAAAUCAAUCAUAAGGAAUCUUAUCAGUACCAUGGAAGCUGCAAUCAAGCAAGAUAUAGACCGUCGACUGCAAAUUCCGCACAAAGUCGUACCACCCGAUUCGUCUGCCGGAGUAUCGCUCACUGGUAUAACGGAACCCAACUCCGUUCCCGUUAUGUCCGGAGCAUUGGUCGAAUCUCGAACUUGCAAACGACCGAUCCUGCAGGAGGACUGCACAUCUCGAAACUGUUACGUUGAACAAGCAGACGAAUCUGAGUCGUUAUUUUCCUUCUCGGCAGCAUCCCACUCCAUUCGACAACCAGAAACAUCCGACCUCGACGACAAAAAUCAAACUUCCUCCGACUGUGGCAUUGUUUCAAAGACUUCUCCACUUUGGGACAAGUUAAUGAGUAUGGUCCUCCAUUUCAAGAGAGCAGAUAAUUCAUUGAACCAGGAAAUCGUUCGAGUUGCGGAAAUCCUUGACGCCGCUGAUCAGCAGCCUUCAUGGGAAAUGUUGAUCGAUAUUCUCAAUUUGCGGGGUUUUGGCCGUGUCAAUUUCGAUGCCGAAAAGGAGUUAUUGGUGGUCGAGAACCACAUUACUAUUAGAGAUCGGCGGCAACUUCUAGCAUGCCUGCAAUACUUAUAUAACUCAGGCAAGGUCAAUGGGCACGGCUUGGUGUAUGAUCGGAACACGAUUGAGCAUGCUGGCAGUUCUUCGCUUGCUGGCGGGGCAGAACACAGCACCGCUGAUAACAGCGUAGACUUCUCCGGACUUGAAAGUUGCGAGAUUAUGAAUUUGCAAAAGUGAAGAUUCGGAAUCGUUUGUGGAGAUAAAGAGAGAGAUGGAAUAAUAAGUGGUUGAAAUUUAU